AUGCGGGUCCCCAUAGGUCUCCUGGCAGGGCUGAGGGACAGCAAGGCCCAGCAGACAACUUUACACCCACUUGUGGGUCGUGUGUUUGUGCAUCCUUUGGAACACGCCACCUUCCUGCGCCUUCCAGAACACAUUGCGGUGCCACCCACUGUCCGACUCACCUACCAUGCUCACCUCCAGGGACAUCCAGACCUGCCCAGGUGGCUGCACUACACACAGCGCAGCCCCUAUAACCCUGGCUUCCUCUAUGGCACCCCCACUCCGGAAGAUCGUGGGCACCAAGUCAUUGAGGUCACAGCCUACAAUCGUGACAGCUUUGACACCACUAGACAGAGGCUGCUGAUGAUGAUUGGGGACCCCGAAGGUCCCAGGUUACCAUACCAAGCUGAAUUCCUGGUGCGUAGCCACGAUGUGGAGGAGGUCCUGCCCUCCACACCUGCCAACCGCUUCCUCACCGCCUUGGGGGGACUCUGGGAGCCAGGGGAGCUCCAGUUGCUCAACAUCACCUCUGCCUUGGACCGAGGAGGCCGAGUCCCUCUUCCUAUUGAGGGCCGGAAGGAAGGGGUUUACAUUAAGGUGGGCUCUGCCACACCCUUUUCCACCUGCCUGAAGAUGGUGGCAUCACCUGACAGCUAUGCCCGUUGUGUCCAGGGACAGCCUCCACUAUUGUCCUGCUAUGACACCUUGGCACCUCACUUCCGUGUUGACUGGUGCAAUGUAUCUCUGGUGGACAAGUCAGUGCCAGAACCCCUGGAUGAGGUGCCUACUCCUGGCGAUGGGAUCUUGGAGCACGACCCAUUCUUCUGCCCGCCCACUGAGGCCACGGGCCGAGACUUCCUAACAGAUGCCUUGGUGACCCUCUUGGUGCCCGUGCUGGUGGCUCUGCUGCUCACCCUGUUGCUGGUUUAUAUUAUGUGCUGUCGGCGUGAAGGACGGCUGAAGAGAGACAUGGCCACCUCUGACAUCCAGAUGUUUCACCACUGCUCCAUCCAUGGGAAUACAGAAGAGCUUCGGCAGAUGGCAGCCAGCCGUGAGGUGCCCCGGCCUCUAUCCACCUUGCCCAUGUUCAACGUGCGUACAGGAGAGCGGUUACCUCCCCGAGUAGACAGCGCACAGAUGCCCCUCAUCCUGGACCAGCACUGAGAGCCCUGCCAGCUCCAGUUGCACCACUCAGAGCUGCUGACCUGUGAACACAGCUACGACUGAUUCCAGCUCCUAGCCCACUUGGACCUCUGGCUCCAAACAGGCAGACGGAUGGUAGUAGGGAGGGGCGUGGGUGCUUGGAGUCAGCACCCAAGAAUAAAAAUUACCUGCUACUCUG